CAAUACACGGAAAAACAAAUAAAUCGUCAAUUAUCGACUGUUUUCGCUUCUUGUCUCCUUAAAUUACACAAACGGGCGAAUUUGUCGUGUUUUUUAGUCAAAUGCUAUUUUGGAUCUACCCCAGUUACGGGGUUGUUUAUCUGUAGUAAGGGGAACUUGAAACCGUCCUUGCCCCAUGUCCUCGGUUGUUUUUCUUCUUUCGCCUGGAUUCUCCAUGUUGUUGGAGAAAAAGUGAGGGCUUUACCAAGACCAGAGGGGGCUAUGGAUAAAUAUACGAGCGAUAAAGUAACCGAGACGCGAAUCCUAGAAAAUAGCAGAUAAGAUUAAAACAAAAACAAAGUGGCAUGCCCCUCCCAUGUGGAAGAGAAUAGAAGGCGGGAAUAAAUAAAUAUCAAAAUAAUUUGUCGCCGUAGGUUUGAGAUUUUUUUUUUUUUGUGCGAUCGGAAUUAUUCAUUUCAAGCCUCGUUAGCUUUUAAUGCCACUAACAAAUGCGGACCGACUGUUUGUCGCUGGAAAAGGUUGGUUGGACGUUAAGGGCUGUGCGUUUGUUAGAUGGAAAGUUCUAUCAUCACUCAAGUGCAGAGAGAGGAUUCUCGGUUAUCUUCGAAAACAGAUCAGGUGAAUAAAAACUCGCCUCAGAAACCUGGAAGUCGGAAUAUCUUCAAAAAGCUCAUCUGUUGCCUUCGAGCUCAAGAUGCCCAACUGCCAACGUCACCUACCCACGAUGCCUUGCUAGCGCCCGAGGACCAUGGGACCAUUGCCAAAAUAUCAGGAGAGUGUCUGCUGCCAGAAGUGACCUCUCAUGACCAGGGGAAGAUCUGUGUGGUCAUAGAUCUGGAUGAAACACUGGUGCAUAGCUCCUUUAAGCCAAUAAGCAAUGCUGAUUUCAUUGUGCCUGUGGAGAUUGAGGGGACCACACACCAGGUGUACGUGUUGAAGAGGCCAUACGUGGAUGAGUUUCUCCAGAGGAUGGGAGAACUCUUUGAAUGUGUUCUGUUCACUGCUAGCCUUGCUAAGUAUGCAGACCCCGUGACCGACCUGCUGGAUCAGUGUGGCGUGUUCCGGACGCGGCUAUUCCGUGAAUCUUGUGUGUUCUAUCAAGGCUGCUAUGUUAAAGACCUGAGUCGCCUCGGCCGUGAGCUCCACAAAACCCUGAUCCUGGACAACUCCCCUGCCUCAUACAUCUUCCACCCUGAAAAUGCUGUUCCCGUCCUCUCCUGGUUCGAUGAUUCAGAGGACACUGAGCUGCUUCACCUCAUCCCAGUAUUUGAAGAGUUAAGUCAGGCCGAUGAUGUCUACAGCAGACUCGAACAACUCAGGGGUCCAUAAUCCCUACACCAUCAGACCAGGGCAAACCUCCAUGUUGUGUAGCACUGACUGCCAAUCACACACAAGCGGCUCAUAUGACAGUAAACUCCGCCUUCUGACCUGAAAACAAACACAAAAGCUCAUAAUUCUGCUCAGCACAAAGUAUAUGCGGUUUUUCUACGUGGUUUGAGGGACCUUAAACACUUAGUGAUGAUAAAUAUUGGGGUCAGGGGCCAGCUUUGUCAUUGAGCUUGCCUUUUGCAAUAACAAUUUACAGAUUUUAUAUUCCUUUUUUACUUUUCUAUUUUUUGUGUUAUUUGUUGUUUUUUUAUGUUUAUGAUGACAUCCUUUGGGAGAUUAAACAGAUUGCAGGGUCUAAUUAAGUCACAAGUAAUCCGCAACAGUUGAAGCUGAAGCACAAUAAACUUUCAGGCCAGUCUCUCUAUGCAAGUUCUACACAUCGUUUUUAUCCAACAUGCUAUGCAUAAUUUUUCCAUAAAUGCAAAUGUGACACCAAGCACCCAUACAUCUUUGUUGUCCUAUUAAUUAAGGCCUUGUUUAAACUGCACUGUUUUCUACUGUCGCUGAAGUGCGUUACCAUAGCAUUAAAAGACCUGUUUUUAACACUGUUCCAUGUGAAUUACAACUACAUACCCUCCUGUAUUCAUCUUAAAGUGGCCUUAUCUAUCUGCUUCGUGUACUUGAUGGGGUUUUAUUAUAUGUGAGGAGCAGAAUUAACACCACAGAAUGAACCAAAGAGAUUUAUCUUGUUCAGUUAUUGUACUUCUCUCUGCUGUAUUUAUGCAGACAAUUACUUGUCCUGUCAUUUAUGUGUAUAUUUGGUUGAACUUGAAAGUCUUUGUAUGAGACAUGAACUUGAAAAUGUCCAUCUUUGUAUGAUCUGUUGAUGCAGACCAGAUGCUCCACCUCUGUGCGUCAUCUUAUUUUAUUUAAACAUGAUCAUAAUCAUGUUUAUAUUAUAACUUGGUUUUACUGUAGCACAAAUAUUCAAAAUGGCCAUGAUUUUUUAUAAACACAGCCAAGUGUUCGAAGGGCAGAUUAUUGCCUUUUGGUUAAAAGAUUCGCCCUGAUAAGGACUGUGUUGUCAUAUUUUUGACUUUUGUAUUGCCGACAAUAAAACAUUUUUUUUGUGCAACAUGUAA